AUUACUGAAGGGAGAACGAGAGUGAGGCGGGGUUUCGGUUUGGGGUCUUGUUGCAACUGCCACUCGCUACGGCCUGGGCCGUGUGGAUACGGAGGGAGAAGCCGCUGUGCCCCGAGAGGCCGCCCCUCAGGAGACCUGUCACCUCCGCGAGCCAGACCAUUGCCGGGAGCGCGGGGCCUUCCAGAGCGUGAGACCCGGCGCCCCUCUCCUGCAGGCUCGCCGCCGCCAUGGCUGAGCUGAUCCAGAAGAAGCUGCAGGGCGAAGUGGAGAAAUACCAGCAGCUGCAGAAGGACCUGAGUAAAUCCAUGUCAGGGCGGCAGAAGCUUGAAGCACAACUAACAGAAAACAAUAUCGUGAAGGAGGAACUGGCCUUGCUGGAUGCGUCCAACGUGGUCUUUAAACUUCUGGGCCCCGUGCUGGUCAAACAGGAGCUGGGGGAGGCUCGGGCCACAGUAGGCAAGAGACUGGACUAUAUCACAGCUGAAAUCAAGCGAUACGAAUCCCAGCUCCGGGACCUGGAGCAGCAGUCAGAGCAACAGAGGGAGACCCUUGCGCAGCUGCAGCAGGAGUUCCAGCGGGCGCAGGCGGCCAAGGCAGGGGCUCCUGGCAAGGCCUGACCCUAUGGUCCGGGGGCAGGGGGAACCCAGGCAGCUCUAGGGUCUACACUGUAGCUAAUAAAAUGUGAAGUCACCUGGCUGCUUGACCAGCCA